UUACUCGCAAUGAUGGUAAUUUUUGUGGUCCAUUUUAUCUCCUCAUGGCGGCGGCGUAAACACCUUGUUGGGAACCUACCGAAGAUAUUCUUGUGGAUCGAUCCUAGAUCCUUCCUGGCCACC